UGAAGGAAGCCUGCGCGCAGCCCCGGCUUGAAGGAGCGACCGCUGCCUUCUGGAGGAGCUCUAUUGUUCACGCAGAGGAGGAGGAGGAGGAGGAGGAGGGGGGGCAUCUUGUUUCUGCUUUUUCUCCCCCGGUGUGGGGGUCACCCAUGCUAAGCUCAGGGAGAAUGGAGGAAUUCGUGACCGAAGAGGAAGAGCCAUGGUACGACCAGCAGGACCUGGAGCAGGACCUCCACUUGGCGGCAGAGCUGGGAAAGACUCUGCUGGAGAGGAACAAGGAGCUGGAGGACUCCCUGCAGCAGAUGUACAUCACUAAUGAAGAGCAAGUGCAAGAGAUCGAGUACCUGUCCAAGCAGCUGGAGGUCCUUCGGGACAUGAACGAGCAGCAUGCCAAAGUGUACGAGCAGCUGGACGGGACCGCCAGAGAGCUGGAACGCACCAACCACACAUUGGUGAUGGACAGCAAGGCCUCGCAGCAAAAGAUAGAGAGGCUAACGGGGACCAUUGAGGCUUUGCAGAACCAGGUGGAGUCUCUCUCAGGGCAGGUGGAGCAGCUUCGCUCCAUGGAGCAGCUCCGAGUCAGGAGGGAGAAGAGGGAGCGACGCAAGACCAUCCACUCCUUCCCUUGCCUGAGGGAGCUUUGCACAGCACCCAGGUAUGAGGAUGAGUUUGUGGUGGGAAGAGCUGAGAGCUUUUCCGGGGAGGUGAAGCCUCAACCGUUUGAAGAGGAGAACCAGCAUCUGAGGGAGGCGGUGUCGGCUCUACGGGCGGCUGUCCGGACCGAGAGGGGGCGCCGAGAGGGUGUGGAGAGGGAGUGCAACCUCCUGCUUGCAGAGUUCUCCCGGCUGCAGACACGAGUCCAGGAUGCUGAGAGCUGCCAGGGGAGGGUGCGGGAGCUGGAGGUGGAACUACAGGAGCUGCAGCAGCUCCGCCGCGCUCGGACUUUCCUGCUGAACAGUGAGGACGAUGGCGUGACUCUUACCCAGACUGUCCUCAAUAGCACCCCGGAGACUGACACCUUCCUGGAGGUGGAGGUCGGGGACACAGGAGGAGGUGUGAGGGAAGAGACCGAAGGGGGAGGAGGCGUGGGAGGGGAGGCUCUCCCUGAGUCCAGCCCUGUGAGGAAAAGCUGCAGCGACACGGCACUCAAUGCCAUCGUGGCCCGCGACGCGUCCGGCAGAAGAAGAGGCAGCUAUGCUCUCCACGCCAACAGCGUGAGGAAGCGAGGGAUGUCCAUCCUCAGGGAGGUGGAUGAGCAGUACCACGCCUUACUGGAGAAAUAUGAGGAGUUGUUAGGGAAGUGUAGGCGCCACGAGGAGAGCCUGUGUCACGCCGGCGUCCAGACUUCCAGACCCGUCUCCCGAGACCCAUCCAUGAAAGAUUGUGCUAUGGGCCCCACUCCGGCGCCUCCCCCUACCCCCACGCAGUCGCCCUCCACCCCUGAGGCCAUUGAGAGCAUCAGCAAGCAGGUGGAGGCGGUGGAUAAGAGGCUGGGGCAGAACACUCCAGAGUACAAGGCCCUUUUUAAGGAGAUCUUCUCUCGUAUCCAGAAGACCAAGAUGGACAUCAAAGCUACCAAAGCUGCUAAGGCUAGCAAGUCUGGCAAAUCUGGCAAAUCUAGUAAACAGUAAUGGUACACUGACUGGCUCUAGAGAGGAUGAUGAUUAUGUGCUAUUUCAGUGUUAAGUUUGUGGACAAGGCUUGGGGUAAACAUACUUAAAGAGGGUGCUAUUUCUAAAACCGCUAAAAGUACAGCUCAGUUCAAUCGAGGUCAAAUCAGAGCGUGCAGUUUUCAUCCAGAACUGAAACCUUCCAGCAUACAUAAGGAUCUGAUUAGCAUGUGAUCUAUUUUACAACAGUGCAGACUUCAGUCAUAUAUAUAAAAUGUGGUCCGUUAAGGGUUCACCCCCCCUCAUAUUCUUUUAUUCAGUAUUCCUACAGUACUAUAUACUGGCUUCACUGCCUCACUACUUUAGGGCACACACCAAAAUAACACAAUAACAGCAAUAUGCCUCUCAUGAGCCUCACAAGUGCACUAAAUGUUAAAGCUUCACAAAAAAACACUAGAAAAUUGCAUCUGCGAUGAAAACAUGAGUGGAAAUCUAAAUCUAAUAUUAACAUGAAUUGUAUAUGUUAAGUUUAUUGUAAUGGACUCUACUAACAUUUGUAUAAUUACAGUAAGAAGGACAAACAUCGAUCCUCUCAGGCCACACAGUCUGUCUGUCUCAAGAAUGAUCUUGAGGUGCUAAUAAUUCUCCUUCCGUUACGUAUAUCGCUAUACAAAUUAACACUGUUCAAAAUUUAAACUUAAAUAAGCCUUUAGUCUGGAUGACCUUGCUACUCUUGCACCGUUCUUUGUGUGACCUUACUGCUUUAUUAAAGUUUGUGGUGCCUCGCCCUUUAUCUAGAGAUUUUCAUGGAACAGCCUUUUUCCUAACAGUUCGAUAUAAAAAACAGUUCAAUAGAAAACUUGAAUGUCUGUAUGGUGAAUAUGAGGCUACAGACAGCAGCCAGUUAGCCUAGCUUAGCAUAAAGACUGGAAACUGGGAAACAGCUAGCCCGGCUGGUUCGGGUACAAGUUGUGGUUUAACUGGGGUAUGUGCAAGACUAUUUCUUGGCAGGAUUGUUGUUUUUUACAUUUCAGUUUUUGAAAUGAUUAACUGAACAAGAUAUAACAUGUUAAUUAGUGAACUUUAGAGGAUGAUUUUGUUAGCUUUGGACUGAGCCAAGCUAGCUGUCCCCCCCCCAUUUUCAGUCUUUAACUAAGCAUUGCUAACUGGCUGCUGGUUGUUCUUUAUUAUUUAGCAUACAGGCAUGCGUGUUGUGUUGAUAUUCUCAUCUAUCUGUCGCCAAAAAAGCAAAUGGGCCUAUUUCCCAAAGUGUUUGACUAUGGUAACUAAUGUUGAACACUUGUGUUUACAUGCUCCUUUCAUUCAGAGUGCUCAGAUGCCUUUGUUCAAGUGAAAAAGGGAUGCUAACUGUAAAACUUCAGGGAAGGAACCCAGACUGGAAACUUAAUUUACUUUUAUAAAACGAAUACCUUCUCCCUCCACUGUGCUUAAGUCACUUCAGCUCUAUUAUAGGUACUGAAGUGGGUUUUCAACUGGACUACAUCAGCCCAUUGGGGCAAAAAUAAAAUGGCUCAAUGAGAUAUAGGAAGUUUAUUCAUACUAGUUAGUGAUACAGUAAAGGCUAUAGUUUAGGUAGUUAAAGCUGUUGUGUUUUGAGUAUGUUGGAGUGAUGAUCCCACUAAAUGCUAAAGAGCUGCUGUCUUGCAAAAGACAAUCUGCAGAUUGUUAUUUUCACUAUUUUCUGGGCAUUAUGGACACUUACCAUAUAGAAUAUAAACAUCUUGAAGGCAUAUACAGUACAAGAAUUUUUGUUUGUUGGGGAAACAUUUAGGGCUGCACGAUAGGGUAAAAACUUCAUAUUGCGAUUACUUGACAGAUAUUGUGAUUGCGUUAUUAGAUUAGGUUAUACUUUAUUCAUCCCACAACAGGGAAAUUCACUUGUCACAGCAGCAAGUAAGUAAUUAGAGUGAAAAAAAUAAAUACAGAUAAAAGACAGAUAUAAAAGCUUUGGUGAGUAGUGGUUCUAAUUUGAACAUGAUAAGGUGGUGCAGGUGUUGUAGAGUCUGACAGCGACAGGGCUGAAAGACCUGCGGAACCUCUCCUUCUUACACCGAGGGUGUAACGGUCUGGUUUAGUGUGGGAAUGAUCAUGUUUGCAUCACAAAUUGAAUUUCCAUUAAAAAAACAUACAAAAGCGUGAAAUUGGUUGGGGUCUGUAACAAACCUUCCUUAAUAUUUCGAUUAAUGCAGCCCUAGAAACAUUUUCCUUCAAUGUCUGUCUACAUCUAACAGACCAGGCAGUGACAAAUAGCAAAAACACAUGAAAGAGUCGUAACUCUUGAUUGGAAUUGGGAUUCGAAAAAAAAUGGCCAUCGAAUGAAGACAGCAUGAACAUCUGAAAUGUGGAUCCUUUUUAAAGAAAAUGGUCUACUGGUGAAAACUGAUAUCACAAAAGGUGAAUUUUUCUUAGCAGCUGUUUUUAUACAAGUGUUAGGACUAUUUUCCUCUAAUUAUAGCUAGACAGACACUCUGUAUAGUAGAACUGUAACCAGUAUAAGGCUUGAAACCAGGGCUUUGUCUAACACCUAGCAGUCUUACCAAACUAUAAACUAACCUGCAAACAUAUUGCACCUUUUUUCACAAUAUACAAUACCUAUGCCUUUUUUCUGGGUAACCUCCUACGUGUAAACCUUUGUUAUAAUGAAUGUUAUUACAGCUAAUUUUAUAUCUGAUUCUUCAGCAAAGCUGAAGACAUAGCCAAGCUUAAACCUUUCACAUGCGACACAGCUGACACCUGAGGGACCAGACACUCGUGUUUGAGGCUAAUAUAUGUAAAAAGAUUGAAGGGUGGAUGUUUGGCUGCAACCUGUUUGGCUGAAAUCAGAGAGGAAUCCUGUUGCCUCCUGACGAAGUAAAGGUUGAUUUACUGUUGCAGCAAUUCAUUUCUAUUGGACAAAUGUGGUGUACGAAGUGCAUUUGAGGUUGACGCAUGUGUUUUAGAAUGAUUUAAGCGUGUGCAGGGAGGAAUAUGUGUUAGCAUAGACAAAACAAUGCCAAACCAGAGCCUGUUAUCAUUUUAAAGGCUCAUGAGGUUCCUGUACUGUGAUGUCGUACCUAUUGCACUUGAAAAUGUUUGACGCCUCAUCUUUUGCAUAUUUAGGAUAGCUAAUAUGAACUAUUGUAUGUAUCUGUGUAUUUAUUUGUGUGUGAAUGUUUAAUUUCUUUUUUUACUUUUUGUCAGUGCCUGUAUGUGAAUGUCACUAACAAAUUGUCAGAUUAAAUCUACUUAAUUUGCUUUACUUAUAUUAUCCAGUUGAAAUGUGUGCAUUAUUAGUUAAUAAGAUACUGGCAUUAAAAGUUUAGUCUGCUCUGGUAUUAGUUCAUAUCAGUACUGAACUAAGACCUACUUUACCCUGUUAAUAAAGCAUUGAUACAAUGCA